UAGCUACUGGUUCUGCCGAAGAUGUCCCAAAGGAAACUGACUCCCCUCCCCAGCUUUCUCAGCCUCAGUAACCACUUGGUCUGCUCAGUGUGUUUUUAAAGAUGAAAUGAUUCCCUUUCCACUUGAACAGUUGAGCACCCAAGGAAGAAGGAAUGUAAACAGCUCUCCUUUACAUUAAAUAAAUGUUCCUUUUUAUCCAAGCAAAUAUUCCACAAAGUCAGAAUGUGACUCUUGUAAAAGUGGAAGAGACAUUAGAAGGUUUCUGGCUUUGCAUUCCAUACUGAGAAUCCAGAACUAGAACUCUCCCAGACAAUUGACUGUUGAGCUUCUUGGGGAAACAUCUUCAAGGAGAGAGCAAGAGAUCCUAACCCUGGUUAGAUAUGUGAGCCUGUUGCCAAACUGCUCUGUCUAAGAAGAAGCCUUGUCCAUGGGCUUUUUGAAAUUCUCCACCCAAUUUGUGGAGGAGAAAUUGGGUGGACAAUUUGGGCAUAAAUCUCCAUAGAAUCAUAGAGCUGGGAAGGACCAACACCAUACUCAAGGCAGGAGAAUUUAUACGACCCCAGUCAAAUGAUUAUCCAGACUAUUUUAUUUAAGGGGAAGAACAAAUUCUGCAACACUUCUCAUGGACAAUACUGUGGACAUGCUGUAGUCAGAGGUGCCCCCUGAUGUCUUUCCUUGGGGUUGAAUGGAAACAUGGAAGGUGGAGAAACUAUAAAUCAAUCCAGAGAGGUUUGGAUCCCGAAAGACACUUCCAAUUCUCAUGUCCCGAUAACCUCCAUGUUGCCUGCAGUGAGAAAUGAUACAACCUGUUGCCUCUAGACCUUUGAAGCUCACAGGAAACCCACCUUCUGCUCAUCCUAAAUGAAGUUGAGUUGGUGUCCUUCAGAGGAUUUCAUUGCAAUCCAGAGGACCUCAACUGCCAGGAGCAUGUCCAUUCCACCUCUUGGCCUGCAAACCCAGAUUCUGACGGAUGGCAGACGGUGGUGACACCAUGUAGAAGGUGUUGAAGGGGUGUCCUAACUGAGUUGCAAUGGUUUUAUACACUUCCCCAUUUCCUAAUGGCUUUCUUUCUGCACUGCAUUCCUUCUCCUGGGGCUUAAUCUUCCCAUGCUAUUGGCUCGGGGACCGGCUCCUGGCCUCUUUUGUGCCUACCACCUAUGAGAAACGGCAAAGGGGAGAUGACCCGUGCUACUUCCAUGCUCUCUGCAUCAUCAUCACCACUCCCAUCUACUUAGCAUUGCUGGUGGUUUCCCUUCCUUUUGCGCUGAUUGGGUUCCUUUUAUGGUCCCCUCUCCAGUCCAUGAGACAUCCAUACAUUUAUUCCAGACUACAGGACAAAAGCCAGAUCAACGGAUCCACCUUACUCACCGAGUGGAAGGCAGCCAGCAAUGGGAAAAGCUUUUGUUUUAGCAGUGCCAAUGUCUGCUUGCUCCCAGAUUCCUUGGCGAGAUUAAACAAUGUUUUCAACACACAGGCCCGAGCAAAGGAAAUUGGGCGAAGGAUCCGGAAUGGGGCAAGCAGGCCCCAAAUCAAAAUCUACAUAGAUUCUCCCACCAACACAUCCAUCAGUGCAGCAAGCUUCAGCAGCCUCAUUUCGCCACAAGGUGGAGAUGGCAAUAACCGGGCAGUCAACACAAGCAUUAAGAGAACUACGUCCAUGGAGUAUAAAGGGGACAACACUGGCUCUAACCAUGAAGAUUGCAGAGAUCCCAAAGCUGGAGGAGAUGCUGGUGAUGGAGAAGAUGGUAACACUUGCAUUGUGCGCAUAGGUGGUGAGGAUAAUGGUCAUAUUUCAGACCUAGAAGCUGACGGGAUGGGAAGCCACAUGAAUAACAGCAAGGGAGCAGUCAACUGUUCACCUGAAUCAGAAGCUGAGAUCCUGAAAGGUCAAACACCCAACCAUAAGCAAAAGGAAGGGGAUUCUGGAAGCUUGGAUAGUUAUACUGCCUCGCGAGAGUCCCUGGUGAAGAUGCGCUCUGGAGAUGGUCCAGUUGACCAAAGCACCGUGAACAGUAAACUCCUCUACAAGGCAUCGCUUAUGAAGAAGACCUCUGUGAAGAAAAAGAAGAAUGUGGACGAGCCUUUUGACCACGAGAUCUCCGCUUUCUUUCCUGCCAACUUGGACUUCCUCUGCUUACAGGAAGUGUUUGACAAAAGGGCGGCAGAGAAGUUGAAAAAUCAGCUGCACCGCUAUUUUGAGUACAUUCUGUAUGACGUUGGAGUCUACAGCUGCCGUGGCUGCUGUAGUUUCAAAUUUGUGAACAGUGGCCUGCUUUUUGCCAGUCGCUACCCAGUUAUGGAUGCUGCCUAUCACUGUUACCCCAACGGAAAAGGAACAGAUGCCUUGUCUUCGAAAGGUGCCCUGUUUCUCAAGGUGCAAGUGGGAAGUACACCUCAGGACCAAAGAAUUGUGGGAUACAUUUCCUGCACCCACUUGCAAGCUCUGGCAGAGGACACAACUGUUCGAUGUGAACAGCUGGAUCUGCUUCAGGAUUGGCUGGCUGAUUUCAGAAAAUCUACCUCCUCUUCCAGUACAGCCAAUCCAGAGGAGCUGGUGGCAUUUGAUGUGGUCUGUGGUGACCUGAACUUUGACAAUUGUUCGUCAGAUGACAAGCUGGAACAGCAGCACUCUUUGUUCAUCCGCUACAAGGACCCGUGCCGCCAAGGUCCAGGGGAGGACAAAUCGUGGGCAAUUGGAACCUUGUUAGAUCCGAAAGGACUAUAUGACGAAGAAGUGUGCACUCCAGAUAACUUACAGAAGACGAUGGAAAGCGAAGACGGACGAAAAGCCUUCCUCGUGUUUCCCACCAGUAAGAGCCAGGCCUCAAGUCAGAAGGGAAGGAAGGGGGCUCUGAAAGGCAACGGGAGAAGGAUUGACUACCUGCUUUACAGCAAGGAAGGACUCUACCUGGAGUGGAAAACAGAAGUAGAAGAAUUCAGUUUUAUCACCCAAUUGGCAGGACUCACGGAUCACCUGCCUGUCUCCAUGCGGCUGAUGGUUUCGACUGGAGAAGAAGAUUCUUAAAUAAGGGAGGGGGGGUCACUUUUUCCUCAAGAGCUUAGAAGAGGGAAUUUCUAAACUUGUGGCCAAGAUGCAAGAGGGGUCUUUUCUGGUGCCCCCCCCCCCAUGCCUCUAAAACCCCUCAGGAUGGACCAGGCUGGUUUCCAAUUGAUUUUUCUACAUUCAAAACCCACUUGGAGGAUGUUGAAAGAAGGAAACGUAGAGGCGUAUGUGAACAUAUGUGGGGAACUGGACGAGAUGAAGCCUUGUAAAGUUGUAGCAGCAUGCCUGGAUGGGAAGCAUGCGUUCGCAUUGCAUGCCACUCACUUUGAAAUGAAAUGGUUGUAAAGGUGACCAGUGAGUUUGGAGGGUGGGGUGGGGGGAGAUGCUACCACCCCAAUGAUGACUCAAACCAAAAGAAGCCAAGUUAAAAAAAAAAGCAUUGUAGAGAGUGAACCCCUAUUCAGGUUCACUGAUGAACACUAAAAGGCAAUCAGGUCAGUUCAGUAUGGGGUCUUCAGACUUGGCCCUUUUAUGACUUGUGGACUUCAAAGAUGUAAAAAUGUCCUGCCAGGGUGGUGUUGCCCUUGGUUUUUCCAAGGAGAAAACCACUUGGUUUUCAGGUUUCCAGUUUCUUGUUUUCCAGUUUCUCCAACACUGGCAGGACACUAUGGGCGCUGUGUAUGUAAACCCAGAGUACACCCAACAAUCAGUAGCAUUGAUAUUGAUAGAUUGGACUAUAACCCUGAUCGUUUCCAACCAGGACACUCAGAGGUCUUGCUGACACAGAAUUAUGGAUGAUAUUAAAUAGGGCAACACUGCUCCGCAGAUUAUAUAUAACAUCAUGAGCAGCACCUGUACCGAAGGUGUUACCGCUAUUUACAAGUGAUGAAGAUCAAAGUUUAUGUUACAUUCAUUCUACUUGUCCAGAUGCUAUUCAGCUGGAAGCCAGCAUGCCCCCCAAAGGGUUUUCCAAUGCAAAAAUAGGCAUAGUUCAAUAAAAAUGCCUUCCUAUCAAGAAUCACAUAUAUUGGAUGGCUCUAAUACUAGCUACUGGUGCUUUGGGAUACUCUUUCCCAACUAGUUGCCUUCCAGUUGCACUAGGCUAAUGGUCAUACUGGCUAGGAAUUCUGGAAGUUAUAGCCCAGUACAUGUGAAGGACAGUCAGCUGGGGAAGGGAACCUUAGAAGAAAAGAAGGAUCUGACAGGUAAAAGAAUAACAGAUUAUCUGAGAAGCGAUCCCUGCAGAUCUUAAAAUGUGAUGUCCAAAGGCUGGGAUUAUGAGCAAUCUUGAUAGAUCUCUGUGUCAAUGGCACUGCAUCCAUAAUUGUGGAAAACCUUUUACAAGGCAGCAAACGUGACUUCAAAAACACCAGUGCACCUGUCCCUUGAGAGACAGCCUAUGCUAGUCCCAAAGGUGCAUUUUCAAAAGGCAACUGGCCUUGGUUUGUCCUUAAGACGUUUUGCUUCUCAUCCAAGAAGCAUCUUCGGUUCCGAACUGAAGAAGCUAUUUGGAGGAGAAGCGAAAUCUCUUCAAGGAAAAAAUAAAGGAAGUACCAGUUGCCUCUUGAAAAAAAAAACACUUUGGGGACAACCACGACCUGGCUGACUGAGAAUCUCCAUAAACAUCUUCAUAAAAUCUUGCCUAUGGGAAAAAUAAGAUGUGUCAGGACAAGUUCAGUCUCUGUAGUGGUUGAAAAAAUGGUAGACUGCACAUUUGAGAGGGGAGAAGGGAAGGCUUGAGGAGAUCCCGACAUAUUUUUCUCCCCCUUCUUUUACCUUCCUUGCCUACUGUUUCUGCCAUAUAUGACAAUCACAUGUGGGAUCAUGAGCCUGCUGGUGUCAUUCAGGGAAGGCGGAGUUACUAGAAUACAGCCAUCCUACCAGUUCCUUCCCUUCUCUCUUAUCCUGUCAUUCAUAAAUAGGUCUCUCAGUGUGUGCCGUGUGUCUGUGUCCCAGAUUUCCUGAUUUGACACUCUUGUUCAUGUACCAAUUUGGCUCUCCUCUUGAAUCUCAGCAAACCUAACCCCAUUCAGCCUGGAGAAAUUGAGAGACAAGAAUGAUGCUUGCUCAUCACCUGGAAUAGAGAAACUAAAUAGACUAGAAUAGGGGUGUCAAAAUGCCAGCCUGUGGGCUGGAUGUGUCACACAGAAGCCGCACCUACCCCAGCUCUGGCAAGGGGAAAAUAGUCACGCUGUGUCAAGACAUAUCACGUGACGUGGCGAGUUUGACAACCCUGGACUAGAAUGAGCUCUGCUGGACACCCAGCAACAAGAAGCGAGCAACUUAGACAAUAGGAGACAAAACUUAGGAAGUCAACCAUAUAGGCCAAGGUUGCUUUUACAUAGGCGAAGCAAAGUUUACUGCAGUAGCUCUUAGGCCCGUUAAAGCUAACAUUUUGGCCUUUCUGGACAUUGCUUCUUAUUUUAUUUUCUAUCUUGCUGAUAUCUUACUGCUUUUUAAAAAAAAACAAAAACAAAAAAAAUAUAUAAAUUACAAUGUGUGUUGUCCACAACCUCUAUGUAGGAUUGCUGCCACUAGUAUUAAUACUAAGACAAGAUGCAGUAUUUUAAUAGCUUCCUUAACAGUGUACAUGACUGUGGGACUUUAUACACAUUCUCUGAGUAGCUGAAUGUACUGUAUGGUAGACGGUAUCGUGCCAAACAGUGCUACGUUUGUUACAGUUAAAAAGCUAAGCAAGAAAAGAAAACAAAAUCUACCAUCAUCCAUAGGUCUCAUUUGGUUGCAUCUGUGCAUCUUAAAAUUACAAGUGCAUUUUUCCCCCCACCCUCAAGUUUAGAUGAACUGAAACUCUUUUUACAUUUGGAGGGGUAUUGGUUUUGAAGUUUAUAAGUCAUGGAUACUGUAUUUCCCCUUUUUAAUUGUACAAAACUAGCUAGUUGUAAAAAAAAAAGAUGUUGAUUACUUUUGGAUUAGCCAUAACUAAUGUCGUUUGUUAUCACUGAAUAGUCUUGUGGGUCAGACUUUUGGAAAACAUAUAGACUUUUGGCUUUUUUAGUGUACUGACACCGUGCCUUCUGAUGCCUUGAGAUCCUAUGGGAAAAAGUCCAAAUCUUAUUGGAGGGCAAAUGGAAGGAUAUGCUUCUCGCUUCAAAGAAUGGUGUUUGAGGAAGAAAGAGGACCAAAAUAAUACUAACAAUAAUCGUGGCGAUCAGCUUCGUUCCCUGAAUGGCAAGUCUGCAUUCUGUGGUAUGAUCCACACAGCGUAGGCUCUGUGGGAACCAAUUUUAAUUUCUCUGAGGUGAAAGACAGCCAAGUUGGAAAGAAGUGGGCACCUAAUUUUGGAGCGUUACUCUGCAUAAAUCCAGCAGUAGCCAACUCCACACUAUGGGGGAAAGAAACAAAAAAGAAGCUGUUUCAAGUAUCUUUGAAAAAGACCUUUGUUUCUCCUUGUUUGCUAGUCACUAUGAUGAAACUAUGGUGAACAAGGAAUGGGUUUUAUUAAAAUAAUAAUAAUAAUAAUAAUUCAACCACUCAUCUCUGGAAUAUGGACAACUCAACCUGAAUGUUUGAUUGGUCAAAUACAUGGAGGCGAUUGUCCCGAUGAGUCCAAUUGGGGGCUAAUUAGUUGGGCUUUGCCCUACAGCAGACAUGCUAGUUGGAGGACAAUGGAUAAUCUGUAGCCCAUUGCAUUGUGCUGGGCAUGGCCAACUUAGAGGAAUCGCAACACGUUUUGCUCCAUGUAUAAGCAAUCAAUUCAUACACAAAGUAUUCUUUAUUGAAGGAGACCCAUUUGUAUGAAGUGGAGUUUUGGUCUUCAAGAUUCGUGAAGGGGGAACUUGAUUCUUCCCCAGUUGCACUUGGCUUGACCUGUAUCUGGUGAAGACAAAGCCCCUUUUGUAAGCCCCUCAAUUACAAGUGGUUGUAAGGUUGACUUCCCCAUUCCAUGGGAAGGCUGGGGUAAAGAGCAAAGAAACCCAUCUCACCUUGAUAAACAGAUUUUUGAGCAUCUGAAGAAGGCUGUAAUUUAAUUAUUAUUGUUUCUGUAUUUUGUAUUGGGAAUUGGUUACAAAGGACAAAACAGAUUGUGGUAUCUGGCACACUGCCCUCCUCUCCCAAUUAUUGCUUGUGAUCUUUCUCACAAGAAAGGCAUGAAAUUCAGGAAAAUGAAAAUGUGGAAAUUUGAAGAAAUAUCUUGUACUUUGGAAUUGUUUCAUUAAAUUGAUGCUAUAGGUAUAAGUCCCCCCCCCAUUUAUUUCUCAUGGAAGCUGGAAAUCAAUCUGGCUUCAGCCUUGCAGAUCCCAUUGAAAAUGGCAUUUUUGAGUAAGCCCCAUGAGAUGUUUCUCAAACUCCAAGGAACUAAAACCCAUCUUUAUCCACAAAGCAGGAGGUCUUCAAACUUGGCCCUUUUAUGACUUAUGGACUUCAACUCCCAGAAUUCCUCAGCCAAUGUGCCUGGCUGAGGAACUGUGGAGCUGAAGUCCACAAGUCAUAAAAAAAGCCAAGUUUGAAGACCCCUGACUCAAAGCCACUCUGAAUGAAUGAGAGCAAGGCUGUGUCAUGAUUGAAUAAUGUAAUAUGUAAUCAAAGAGAGGAAAAACUCUACAACAGUGUUUCUCAAUCUUGGUAACUUGAAGAUGUCUGAACUUCAACUCCCAGAAUUCCCCAUGUUGAAAUCCAGACAUCCAGAAACACUGCUGUACAGCUAUUGGAGAUCAUGUAGGAUGGUGGAGCGUGUAGCCUAUAAGCAGAGCUAUGCUCUUCUCUUAAAUAUAUAUACAUAUAGAUGUAGCACUGCUAGCAAUUUCUGUUAAGGCAAAGUGCUAGUUAAAGUUGGCAUCUAAUGUCAUCAAAGCCAACAUUUCCAGCUGGGUUUGGUGUGUGGUCCUCAGGAGAAACAUCUGGGCAAAGUUAAGGAAUGAAUAGGUUAUGAAAGGGUAGAGCAAGUAUCCCAACUUGAAUUGCUAGAAAAGAGGCCACCCAUCAAAGUCAGCUGAAGAGUUUGCAUCACUCAAAUUUUGUCAUCCCCGAUCCUCAUCCGUCCUCUAUGUCAUUAUCAUUGGGAGUCUAGAGCUGGUGAAGGCUCCUUCCCCCAAUUAAGAUGUCCAGAGAUCUAGGCGAGACUUGUGUAUAAGGUGUGUCCCUUUGAGGUGAAGGGAGGCAUGGAAAACUAUCCUGUCUUUCCCAUGGUAAAAAGGGCUUCCAAGAGAACAUAAAUGUUGGAGAGGGUGUUGGAGGUAACGGAAUGACAUACACUUCCUUUCCCUUUUGCUCACCUCAUGGGCUACUAAAUGAGAACAAUCUGUCUCAAGUCUCAAAGAUGCUUCUUCAAAAAGGCAACUGGACUGUUUUUUUUCCUUGAGGAAACUUCAUCGGUUGUGAUUGAUCAGUAGAAAUGAAAGGUCUUUUUCUUCCGCAAGGAAAAACAACAACCGUCCAGUUGCCUGGGACCUGGAUGGCUGAGAAUCUCCAUAGACAUUUAACCUGAUCAAGUAUUCAACAAGAUCCUCCGUGACCCUCAGGCUGCAAUCCUUGGGUAGGUAUGUAGAAAUAAUCCUAAAGUAAUUCACCAGGACGUACUUCUGAAUUUCCUAGACAUGUAUAGGAUUGCACUGUUGGGUAGCUGAAUGGAUGGACUAUACAGUAUAGCAUAUAAACCAGGGGUAGUCAACCUUGCCUCUUUUAUGACUCGUGGACUUCAAUUCCCAGAAUUCCUGAGCUUAGCUGGCUCAGGAAUUCUGGGAGUUGAAGUCCACGAGUCAUAAAAGAGCCAAGGUUGACUACCCCUGAUUAAACCUUCACCCAUUACUGCAUGCCUCCCAAAGGGACUCAAAGUCAAGUUUCUGCCUUAAGUUACUACUUUCUGGGACGCCUACAUUUAGUUCCCACUAAUGCUGUGUCCUAAAGCCAAGCUUUACCCUUCAGCAUCCAUGCCAGAGAAAUCUGGUUCUUUUCCCAAUGGCACUUUGCCCUGAUCGAUGCCCGUUGAAGACAAUUGUUCAGUUAGAACAAUUCAUCAGUGGGACAGCUUGCCUCCAGAAGUGGUGACUGCUCCAAAACUGGAAGUUUUAAAGAAGAGAUUGGACAGCCAUUUGUCUGAAAUGGCAUAGGGUUUCCUGCCUGAGCAGGGGAUUGGACUAGAUGACCUCCAAGGUCCCUUCCAACUCUGUUAUUCUAUGACAUUCUAUGACAAAACUGUCUAUCCAUACGUUCAACUGAAGGGGUUGUCUUGAUGAUGUCCCUUCAGUAUGGAUUCCCUGGACUUUUGCAAGAAGGCAAGAUGUUUGAAAACUAACAAAUGAACCAAUGAUUCAUUUCAAGGUACUUAAACGUAUUGAUAUUUCUGCCCGUGAAGCGUUUUCUUGUUUCUUUUAAUUAAUUAUUUCUCUCUUCUAUUCAGGAUUGAGGAAUUGGCUUUUUUAAAAAAAUGAAACAAGUAUAUGUUCCCUGUAUUUCGAUUUCUUUUUCAAACCCUUUUUUUUUUUCAGAACAGUAAGCUCCCUAAAUCUAUUCCAUGCUGCAAGGUCAAGCAGGCUAAAAUGUCCUGACCUCUCUCACUCACCCACUUCUCAAUAGACUGUUAGAAUGUGAAGGGCUGUCAAAAUAUCAUAACAACAGUUGAAGGGAUCUGGACUUUUUUCUCACAAAGGGUCAGCUGGGCAAAAUGUCUCCUUGCUUAAAACACAUGGGAAUUGUGCCAAAUGAGAGAACACUCAAAUGCCUUUUUAUGUCACCUGGCCCACACUGAGUCCUACCUUGGAAAUCUCUGAAAGGAAGUCUAAGUGGUUGAAUUUAAGAGCAGAAGAGUAACCAGUUGCAAUACCUUUCAUUUUGGAAAGGUAUCACACGGAGACUUCUUUUGAAGAAAAGAGGUCGGAGUGUAUCUCAGUUUCCUUUUAUAUGGAAGAGCCAGUCCUUAAAUUAAGCCAGAAGUUCUGGGUGCUCCAAAACUUGAGGUUUUUAAGAAGAGAUUGGACAACUAUUUGUCUGAAUUGGUAUCAGGUUUUCCUGCUUGAACAGGGGGUUGGACUAGAAGACCUCCAAAGUCCCUUAUUCUAAGGACAAACAUCAAAGGGUGUCCUGGCCCUUAUCUGUUCUUCCUGUCUUCCAAAAUAAUAAUAAUAAUAAUAAAUCUGUGAAUAAAAUUAUACUGCAUGCCCAGCAACAGGGCAUCAAUUGCAAACUCUGAUGGUAGGAAAGCACACAGCAGAAUGACAUUAUGGUAAGGUUAUGUAAGAGUGCUAGGCUCAAAAGGUGUGACGAGAAAGAGAGUGACAGAAGAGCAUCGCUGUGCGUUUACGGCAAUGACAUAAAUAUACCCUUAGUUACGGGACCAAAAGAUAAAUUGACUCAGUUCAGAUGUAACGAGCAUAACUGAAAAGCAAGGAUUUACCAGACUGAAAAUCUACAUCUAGCUACAGACUCUGGAGAGGCACUAGAUGUUAAGAGUCAUCUGGAUUUUCCAGUCCUGACCAUGUAACCUUAUAAAAACAGCAACAACAAAAAAAAAUGUUAUCCAUCCUCCUUGCACAUACCUUAAUGGUACAUUGGCAGUGUUUGUUGGAGCCAGUCUUGGAUUUGAUUUACACUGGGAGACAGUCAUUUAAGAACCGUUAGCUUGACUUGUAAAUUUGGAUCAUGCUCAUGCAUUACAAUUCUCCUUGCCAUCAAAUCUUAAAUUACAGCUUGUUUUUCAGAUGUAAACGGAACAUUUGUUAACGGAACAACUUCGCGAAGGCGAGGGUGGCGUAUUUUUCCUUCCCUUGAGCUACAUUCAUCUAUGUUUUGGAGCUGUAAACAUUCCCAAGUAAAAGCCAUCUGUAAGGUUACAGAAAAGUGCACUUAAUUCUUACUGCCUAUUUUAUGUCGUGUUUAUUAAAAUCCUAAUUGGACAAUA